GGGUGGUGUCGAGUUACCGCAGAUGCUGCUUUAUCUCAGCGGCGAAGCUGGAAAAACAAGAUGUAGACUUAAGGGCACUGCAGGGUUUUUCUGUCUUUCACUGUAUUCUUCUCUGUCACGAUGGGCAGCUAUAGUUCAGCCCUCAUUCCCGACACUGAGGAGUUUGUGUCAGUUGUGUCUAUCACGGAGAAGCUGAAUGCGCACGCAGCUCAUGCUGUAGAUGAGAGGUUACAGUCAGAGCUUCGGACUCUGGUAACACUCAUGAUGGAGGAGGAACGAAAGAAAACCCAGAGUGAAGUAAGGAAUUCGCUGCCAGAAGGAACUCAACAAACAACUCAGAAUGGAUCCAUCCCGCCUGCAUUAGAAACCAAAACUAUGCCCACAGAGUCUUUCUCCUCUCUCCUGCCAAAGGCUAUCUCUGCUGUGCUGCACCCAGCUCCGCCUGCAGGCAUCAACUCACAGCCCAGCAGAAAUCCAGAAGGGCACGCCUCGCCAAACCUGGAACAACUGCAGACAGAGCUGAGAGACCUGAAGGGCCAGUUUGAACAGAUGAAGACUCAGCACAACAAAGAAAUCAAACUGCUGAUGAAUGAGCUGGAUGAGGAGAAAAGGAUUCGCUUAACGUUACAGAUGGAAAUUCAGCGAAUGAAGAAGCACAUGUCUAAAUGAGCAAAGACGACUAUUCUUUCAUCAGAUUUCUGAUUUACCGUUUCUUUUUGGACUGCUGAGUGGGCUGACCCAGAGGGCUUAAUAUUUUUACUGAGUCACUGGUGAAAGUGCAAAGAUGGAAGCAGACAUAAAGACGGAGGCUGCAGCAAACUGUCCUUUCCUUCUGGAGAUGACCGGCGCAGUUACACAUCAAACAUCUUGUUUUUUUCUCGUCACGUCACCAAAGGCAUUCAUAAACAUUCUUACCGGGGAACUGUAAUCUCACAUUUUGAGUUUUCCAGGAGAUUUCACUCAUCACCGUCCAUUAAGACAAUGAUUGGUGGCAAUAUGUACUACGGCAUAAUUGAACUGCAUUUUUAUCCAUUGUGACAGUGACUCAGAGAGAGAGAAGGAUGAGAAAUGACAAGCAGCAGUUCAUUUACAGAGACUCAAGAGUUUGUUUAUAAUAAUGUAAUAUGGAUGAGCACACAGAUUUUAGGCUUGUAAAAAGAAAAAAAAAAUAGCACUUGUUUUCUUUCUGAUUGCACAAAGAAUGUAAAUUUACUGGGUGCUGAUGUGCAUUGUGUGUUUAUUAAAAAUAAAUAUAGUUA